GGAGGUAGCUACCCCGCCUUCUCGCGAUGAGCGGCUCAGCGGUAGAUAGCUACGCCCAGUCGGAAUAGUCCCCGCCCCUUUGGCGGCUGGAGCUGGCAAAGUGACGGCGGUCGUAAAGUACUGAAGUGUCGUGAGGCUGGCGGGUUUUUCGCUUGCUUUCUGUCCCAGCAGCCGGCAGGCGGGGGUGGCCCAUGGGGUCGGUCUGUGUCGAGGAGCUGCUGGAGGAUCUCAAGGUCUUCGGGGUGGGCUACGAAGAGGAGGCGGUGCCCGACAAACUGGUUGAACUAUGCAUGACGCACAGACUGGCACAGAGUGAUUUGGCUAAUGAAUUGGUUGCCUUCACUACAACUAAAGAAGAUGGGUCUCCUCUCACUGUAGAGAUUCUGAAUGUCUUUGAACAUGAAGUACUCAACAAAAGAGUUACUAAAGCUCAUCAAAAAAAGGACAACAGAUACUCUGGAAUCAAGGAUAUCAACACCAUUCAGGGACUCAUUGAUGUAGAAGAGGAAGAGGAGAACCUCUUAGAUGCCUACACAACACCAUCAAAAGGCUCUCAGAAACGGAACAUAAUGACACCAGAAAAUCCACGGUCUAAAAGGACUUUAUCCACCCGUAGCCCCCACCUGCUUUUCUCUCCAAACAGCUUCUCACCAAGUGCUACUCCCUCUCAGAAGUAUGGCUCCCGGAGCAACCGAGGUGAGGUGGUAACCUCAUUUGGCUCUGUGCAGGGCACAUCCUGGAGUGGAAAAGGCGGUCACGGAUCAAGUGUGAAACUCUUUGGUCCACCAGAACAGUCGCUCACCAAGAGUUACAAAUUCAUGUUCCAAAAGUUUCAUGACAUCCGGGAAGUACUGUCCUGGAAGAUAGAAGAACUCGGGGAUGCUCUGAAGAAACAUUACAAGAUCGAGGAGUUCACUUCUGUGUUAGUCCCUGCACAGGAACCAGUCACUGUGCUGGGACAGAUUGCCUGUGAUGGCAACGGAAAACUGAAUGCCAAGUCAGUCAUUCUAGAAGGGGAUCGAGAACACUCUUCAGGAGGGCAAGUUCCUGUGGAUUUAUCAGAAUUGAAAGAAUACUCCCUCUUUCCAGGACAGGUUGUGGUGAUGGAGAGUAUUAACAGUACGGGUGGAAAGCUGGUUGCAUCUAAGCUGUACGAGGGGGUGCCUCUUCCUUUCUACAAAUCUACAGAGCAAGUUGAAGAUUUGGAGCUGCAAAUGGUCUUGAUUGCUUGUGGGCCCUACACAACUUCUGACAGCAUCACCUAUGACCCUAUGUUGGAUCUGAUUGAUGUUAUCAACAAAGACAAGCCAGAUGUCUGCAUCCUGUUUGGUCCUUUUCUCGAUGCUAAACACGAACAAGUUGAGAAUGGUCAGCUCAUUGGAUCAUUUGAGGAUAUCUUUAAACAUUGUCUGAAGAUGAUAAUUGAAGGGACAAAAAGUGCUGGUUCACAGCUCGUGUUUGUACCAUCGCUGAGAGACGUGCACCAUGACUACAUAUAUCCUCAGCCGCCUUUCAGCUGCUAUGAGCUGUCUAAAGGUGACAAACAGCGAGUACACUUUGUGUCCGACCCCUGCACUCUGGCAAUAAAUGGAGUCAUUUUUGGCCUGACUUCCACAGACCUGCUCUUCCAUAUGAGUGCUGAAGAGAUUAGCAGCUCCUCCGGUGUCUCAGACCGGUUCACCCGAAUCCUUAAGCAUGUUCUGACACAGAGGAGUUAUUACCCACUCUACCCUCCCUCGGAGGAGAUGAAUGUCGAUUAUGAGAACUUCUAUAAUUACGUACCUUUGCCAGUCACCCCGGAUGUCCUCGUUGCUCCAUCUGAACUGAGAUAUUUUGUUAAGGAUGUCUUAAGCUGUGUGUGUGUGAACCCAGGACGACUCACCAAAGGCCAGGUGGGGGGGACCUACAGCCGUCUGUACGUACAGAGGCAGGAUACAGAGGAAGAGCGAAAGAGUCCCUGCAUUGCUGCCCAAAUUGUCAAAAUCUAAACAAACUCUCUGCACCCUACCCUUAAAACAGAGGUGCUGGCCCUUGAGUUCAAUACAGGUUCAAAUCCAGCCUGGUUGGACAUCUGUUAGAUUUGGUCAAACGAUGCAAGGAUGAUCUGGAGAAGGGGCUCUGAGAGCCGUGUAAUACCUUUCCUUCCUUCAGGACUAAUGCUUUGGAGAAUCUUGUGCAUAGAUUUUUUUUUUUUUUUUUGUAGCAAAUCAGACGUUGUAUUAGAGUUUUUUAAGGCUCUUUGGCCUGUUGCAAUCAGGAAUGUAAACCUUGUCAAUGCAAAUGUGUACCGGGAGCCCUGACUUGGAUCAGCUUGUCUUCCAUUGUAAUUUGCCAUGGGGUAAGUUGUCAGCUCAUCAAAGUGAACUGCAAUUAAAAUACACCCUGAGUUUUCUAAAA